AUGUCUGAAAUGUCGAAUUUUGGUAGCAUUAUCGAAAAAGUUUUCAACGAUAAAAAGGUAACUUUUGAUGCUAGUUUAGAUAAUGGCAGUAUCGAAAGCAACAGCUGCGAUGAACAGCUGCGCAAACUGUAUAGAAGAGUAUCGUUGACGCCGCAAGCCCAUCUAUGUCCACUUAUUUGUAGUCUUAAAUCAUCGAAAGGCGAUGUUUCGUUUGAUAUGGUAAAAGAUCAACGUCCACUGCAUGGAACAACGAUCUACAUUGCAAAUUGUGAAUUAGACACACAUUUUGGUGUGUUUCAUGCCUAUAUAUUUCAAGAUCUCAUUAGUAAACAUUAUAUCAUAGCGUUGACAUACGGUGAAAUUCAUAGUAGUGAUACACUGCAUGUUCGGAUACAUUCAUCCUGUGUGUCCAGUGAAACAUUACGCGGUUGCGAUUGUGACUGUGUAGAGCAGCUCGAAGGCGCUAUCAAAAUAAUAGCUGAAAACGAAAAGGGCAUUUUAUUUUAUCUUCUGCAAGAAGGUCGUGGUGCUGGUUAUAUCGGUAAAUCAAGGGAUCGUAUGUUAGUGCAAGCAUCCGAUGACGAAAUAUCGACAUUUCAAGCCUAUCAUGUUAUGGGAUUGAAAACUGAUCAUAGACAAUAUGAAAACAUUCCACAAGUAUGUCAUCUACUCGGUAUUGAUGCCAGUUUUAUAGUACUGACAAAUAAUCCGGAUAAGAUUAAAGCACUAAAAGAUCAUGGUUUGAAAAUAUCUGGCACUUUACCAUUAGAAAUUGAACCUUCACCAUUCAAUCUGGUUUAUUUGGCAUCGAAAGCGGCUAGUGGUCACACACUGAAGUAUAUCGAUGAUGCUUUGAUACGAAAUCGGUCAGCACCACCUGAACCCGUUAUACCGUUCAAGCCGCAUGCACUGGAGCAUGCAAAACGUUUCAUUUUUGUUGCCUCUUAUUUCCUGCCGAUGAAACCUGUGGAUGCUGAAAUACUUUUAACCGAUAAACAAUUCUUAGAAAUAUUCAAGCAAAACCCAAUUGAUCAAUACAUGUCAGCUGCAAAACCGGUUAUUCGCAGCUAUAAAUCGAUUCGUAACAAUCGAUUCAUAAUUAAAAUUGAUAUGAAAAACAUGAAAAGCUACAAAACACAAAAUCCAGAUGAUCCCGUUAGCCAAUUGACUGUAAUGCCCUAUUGGUUCACUGUUCAUGUUUACUAUGACAUUGUCACUGGUCAAGAGUUUAUAGUUCUCACUCACGGCACACCAACCAUCAACGACCACCCAAUGGUCAGAAUACAUGGUGAAUCGUUAUUCAACCGUUUUCCACUGCGACGAGUCACGCAUCGGGAUAAACUGAAAAAAUCUGUUCAACAGAUUAUUGACUACGGUGUAGGUGGCAUUUUCCUUCUGACGCAUGAUGGACGCGGCGCUGGUUUUGGUGCUUAUGUUCUGGAUCGAAUGAUGAUGGAGGAAAAUGUGGUCAAAUCUACAGAAGAAGCCCACGAUUUAAUUGGUAUUCAUUACGAUUCUAAUGAUUACGAUGCAUGUAUGCAUUUGAUAAAGCAUCAUUUUCCACUGAAAAAGAUUCAAGUAUUCAUGUUUUCACAAUCAAGUCUAAUAAGAAAAAUUGGCUACUUAACAGCGCUAAAAGAUCAUUCAUUGGAUGUUAAAAACUAUAUAUUUUUAGACAAGUAG